UCAUUUUUUCUGUCAUCUUUAAAGAAAGAACUCUAGAGAGAUGAGUGGGGGUGGAGUAGGAGAAACUAAUUUGCAAUCGACACCAUCAUGGGUGGUGGCAAUCGUAUGCAUGGUUUUCGUCCUCAUUUCUUUGGCCGCCGAGAGGUUAAUUCACUUCACCGGCAAGUACUUGAAGAAGUCGAACAAGAAACCCCUUUAUCAAGCCCUCCAAAAAAUCAAAGAAGAAUUGAUGUUGGUGGGGUUUAUAUCAUUGCUGCUGACGGUAUUCCAAGGAAGAAUUGGUAGACUAUGCAUUUCCCAUAAUUUGGCAAAUAAAUGGCUUCCUUGUAAGAAGGAACCUCAAGCUGUCCCUCACACUCACGCAGCUUGGCGUCAUCUUCUCUCCGAGUCUACUGACUCUACUUAUUGUCAACAACAGGGAAAAGUUCCAUUGUUAUCAGUAACAGCGCUGCAUCAUUUGCACAUAUUCAUAUUUGUAUUAGCUGUUGUCCAUGUGAUUAUGUGCGCCCUCACUGUUCUCUUUGGCGGCUUUAAGAUAAAGAGUCAAUGGCAAACGUGGGAAGAGUUAAUCCACAAAAAGGAGCUUGAUCCUGAACAUGGUAGAAAAGAUGAAAUUACAGUCGUAGAGCAACAUGAUUUUAUCAAAGGUCGUUCUUGGGCAGUCCAUUACACUUUGCUAGGGUGGGUGCAAGCAUUUUUCAAACAAUAUUAUGGGUCAGUAACAGAAUCAGAUUAUAUCACUAUGCGAAUGGGCUUCAUCAUGACACAUUGCAAGGGCAAUCCCAAAUUUAAUUUUCACAAGUACAUGGUUCGUGCCUAUGAAGCUGACUUCAAGAGAGUUGUUGGAAUUAGCUGGUUUCUUUGGUUAUUUGUGGUGGUCUUUUUGUUUCUAAAUGUUAAUGGUUACCAUGUUUAUUUCUGGAUUGCUUUCAUUCCACUCAUACUGUUAUUUUGCGUGGGUACAAAAUUGGAGCACAUAAUCAUCCAACUUGCAAAGCAGGUUGCUCAAAGUCGAAGGCAUUCUGUAAUUGAUGGAAAUGUUGAAAUCCAUCCAUCAGACACUCACUUUUGGUUUCACAAACCUCGGCUUCUCCUUCUCUUGAUUCAUAUCAUCUUGUUUCAGAACUCCUUCGAAGUUGCGUUUUUCUUCUGGAUUUGGGUACAAUAUGGUUUUGACUCGUGCAUUAUGGGUUCAAUUGGCUAUACCAUACCAAGACUCGUGAUUGCGGCAUUUGUGCAAUUUGUCUGCAGUUAUAGCACAUUACCACUCUAUGCAAUUGUUACCCAGAUGGGAAGCUCCUUCAACAAGGCGAUAUUCGAGGAUUACAUACAAGAAGGCCUAAUACAUUGGGCACAGAAGGCCAGAAAAACGACGACAUCUUUGCAUGCUCCUGAUACAACUAAAAAAGUAACACCCAAAAGAACUAUGUCUAUGCCUGCUGUAAGACUAUCUACUAUGACUGACAAGCAACACGAUCAAGAUUCGACAAUAAAAGAGAUACAACUAGAAAAUGAUCAUGUUAAGUAACAAUGGACCGACAAUGUAGUAAUUUUUGGACGUUUAGAGGGUUUGUUCUUUGUUAUGGUAUGGUUGAUGUCUUCACAAAAUAGCCUUUUACGUGGUGUGACAUCCUGUGUGUGCUCGUGGUGGAGUCGUGGAUCAAUGAGGUUUGCUAGAUGAUUUACUAUGACUUCUUGGCCUUUUCAGGUGUCGCCGCCUUGCUAGGUUGCUUGCCGGUUGUUAGUCGAGUUAGGGUUUGGUAGUUGUCUUUUUUAUGCAAGGAGCGAGCCUUGCGAGUUUGAGUUGCUGGUUUGGGCUUGGAUGUUUGUGUUAUAUGCCUUCCUAUGUCUCAUUAUUUUUAUGUAUUAGAUUUAGUGUUACAAUUUCAACACUUAGAAGUCUCUAAGGUACCUAAUUGCUUUAAAUUUUUUUUCUAUGUUAUACGAGAAAAAUAUUGACAAAUUUAGAAAAGGUAUGACAAUAUGAUUAAACAAAGUAUUGGGUGAGUCUGUUUCACCGUGAGUCCACCCACCCAUAUAUACCGUGAGUCCACACACCCAUAUAUUAAUAUUAAUGUAUAUGUUAAUUCAUGGACGAAAAAUCGUGCAAUUCACAAAUGUUAUAAAAUACAUGGAUAAUUGGAUAUCCUUAUUACUCCCUCCGUUUCUUGUUAUUUGCAUUAUUUGAGAUUGCACGGAGUUUUAGGAGAGUAAUAUAAUAUUGUGAGUGAGUGAAUAAAUUAUUAUAGUAAAAGUAAGAUGGGGACAAUGAAAGAGAAAGAAUGUGAGAGAGGAUAGAUAUAUUUAUUAUUUAAGUGGGGACC